AUGCUGGAGGAGAAGGCGGAGGCCCGCAGCUACUUCGAGGAGUCAAGCUCUAGCGCUCCAGGAGAUUUUGAGGCCUUGGGCCGUGAGCAGGCCAUAACCGAGGUUGACCGGGAAGUGGACAUCAAGCCGCCAGGCAAGCGUGCUUUUGUCAAGAGGAAGGCAAAGCGCAGCGUCAAACCCAAGGAUCCCGGAUUGGAGGAUGACAACGGAGGUGCAAAACUCACCGAGGACAAGUCCAGACGCCGCGCGUCGGAGCCUGCUGCUUCUGAGCCUUGGGCGAGCCCAGUUCCAGGCCAUUCUGCGCUGACUGCAGAGGCAGCACAGCUUCCGAUCAAGCCGCAAGAUGAAAGCUCCUCCAAGGAAGUGGCGCCCCUCUCAGAUGAGUGCAGCACAGAGGCGUCACCUGCUGGCGAGAACUUGAAUGAGAACCUGCUCCAGCUCUUCCAGGCAGAGAAAGUCCCGAAGCACUCUGUGCUAAAGACGCUGCUGCAGAGGAGAGCGGACCCAAACCAUCGUUUUAUCUCGCGCUUCAAGCUGCACAACGUGGAAUUCGCAGUUGGGCAUCGAGGUGACAUUCACCACUCCCGCUAUAGCAAGCAGGCUGGAGUUGGCGGCAAGGUGUGGAGCGGCGAUGCUCCCUUUGCCGCUUUGCCAUCAGAUAGCGUUGACAUGCUGACUUUGCUUGUUGAAAGCCACAGCGUAUCGCCAGACCUGGGCUCAACCGUAGGCGAGAAGAGGGGUGCUACGAUGUCUGCGCCUGAGCACCUUCGCUUUGCAGAUUUUUCGUCGACUGAUGCAGCCGAAGCUCUGCACAUCUCCCGCAGUGCUUUGGAGAGUUUCACUGACAACACGGCUUUGCACUAUACGCCCCUGCACGUGGCCGCAAGGGCUGGAAAUGAGAAAUGCUGCCAGCUGCUUUUGCAAGCUGCUGCAGACAUGAAUGGACGCUGCCAGGUGAAGAUAACUGAAUGCCAAGGAAGGAUUCUGCAUGGGGACUGGUAUUUCACGCCACUGGAUACUGCAAUCGAGAUGAGUCAGAUUGCGGUGGUGAAGCUGCUUUUGGCCCAGAAGGCUGAUCUAAUUCGGAGCAAACAGGAGGCGCCAGAGCACCUCACAUCCUCUCAGGAUAAGUUCCUCCGGGUGGAUAGAUACAACUACGCCUUGCAGAGCCUCCUGAGCAGCGGAAACAGCCGGGUCAUCUCUGAAGUGGCUGCCGCUCUUCAAGACACCCCUCAGCAAGUAGCUUGCUUGACGGUGGAGGACAUCGUGAGAUUCUUGAAGACACCAGGCAAUGCGCCAGUCAAUUUGAUGAAGGCACUCUUCUACCAGACGAGCCAAAUCAAGUACUGGAAGCCGGCUGAGCAAACGACUUUUCGAGGGGCAGGCAAGUAUGAUGAGUACUUCCGUCCGGAGUACAUCAUGAAUGUCAAGCAGAGCGACACCCGAGUGUACGCCCAAUCAGCCAACAUUCGCAAGAUCCUGGUGUAUGGUAAGGUCCAGCAUGUCAUCAACUUCACUGAAGGGCCUUCGAGGGAUGAUGUGGACAAACACUGGAAAGAUCGAAGAGUGCUGCGGGAUCAGAUUCCGCAAUUCGUUCAGAGGGUUGCCCCUCAGCCGCAGAAGGCAUCGGCUUGUUCCAGCUUUGCAAGCCUUUUCCGGGAGAGUGUGUACUUACCCGUCAACUUCUUUGCCUGUCUUGUGGCCAACUUGCACCAAAGUGAGGAUGUCUUGCUUGCUAUUGCAAGCUGUCCCAAUCAGGAAAUCUUCCGGCUGCGUGAGUGUGAAGCAAUAGUGUCCUUCAAUUGGACGACAGUCAGAUACAUUCACCUCAUGGACUUGGCCAUCCAGGCAGCUACGUCGCUGUUGCUACUGUUCAGCAUCUCAACGUUGCGUGAUGAGGCGCCAGAGUGGUGUGCCAACCUUCCCUGGUUUGCUUUGACGGGUCUCCCUUUCGUGAUGGUCACCGUCAUCAUGAGGUUCUGCGAGGUGCUCGGCAAUAAAAUGAGGGAACUCUGGGAGAUCUACACAGAGGCUGUGGAGCUGAUCCUGGCGAUAGCCACGAUGGUCUUGUUUAUUAUCUUCAUGAUCCCGCCGAGCAGCGGGGUGCUGACAUGCGCGGAUCGAGGGGUGGUGGAUCACCUUUCAAUGCGGGCAGCAAUAAUUGUAGUCAGCUCUUUGCGACUGAUGCACAACAUCGACAUGCUGAGGCUAGCAUUCUCGGAGGUGAACAUGAUCGUGACUCCAAUCAUCUCUGCUUUAGCUCGGUCCCUUCCGUUUUGUAUAGCCGUGAUCUACUUCGCUUUCAUCAUGUGGCAAGCGUACUGGACUCUGGAUGUGGAAGAGUGGCAGAAUGGCUGGAAGGCAAUCAUCAUCGCUUGGCGCUUCGCGGUCUUGGGUGACUUCGAGGUUGAUGAGCUGGAAGGUCAAGAAGGCACCUGGCACGAGGCCGCUGGAGGAGCAAUGCUGACCUACGAGGAUCCCGAGCUCACUGACAAUUCUACAGUAGUGCGCGGAGUCUUCAUUGUGCUCUGUGGAAUGAUGUUCCCCGUGCUCAUCAUGAACAUUUUGAUCUCGGUCCUCAGUGUUUGGCUGGACUUCGCGAUCAAAAAUGUAUGGUUGGACUUCCAGCGGGCAAGAGCCAGGAGGGUGCUGAAGUACAAGGCGCUGAUCAGACUGACGUGUAGAUGCCAUAAGCGAAAGGAUACCUCUGCUCCGGAUGCCCCCCAAGAUGCGAAAGCAAACGCGCUGUACAUUUGGUUUUCUGCUCCUAAGGAGGAGGAGAUUCUGGAAAAUGAUGUUGCGCCUGGACUCAACCUGAAGUUCAAGGAAGCCGCCGAAGGCGAUCAAAGAAUUGAGUCAAGGCUCAUAGGCUUGGAACGGAGCAUCCAGAUACUUGUUGACAGCACCACUCGGAACGAUCGUCGCCGCGCCAAGAACACGUUUGAGAAAGCGUUCAGUUCGCCGAAGGAGUUGAACAACGCCUAG